UGAUGCAGCGGUGCUGUCGACAGCCUGCAGCUUCAGAAAAUAAAGCUACAGACUAAUUUACCCCCGGUGUUAUAUAAUUGUUCCGGAAGAUGGUGGCUAAACAGAGGAUCCGCAUGGCCAACGAGAAACACAGCAAGAACAUCACGCAGAGAGGAAACGUAGCCAAGACGCUGCGACCACAGGAGGAGAAGUACCCUGUGGGUCCCUGGCUGCUCGCCCUCUUUGUAUUUGUAGUGUGUGGAUCAGCCAUAUUUCAGAUCAUCCAGAGCAUCCGUAUGGGGAUGUGAUGCAGAAGGAGCAUCCGGACUCCCACACACCCCUCAUGCCCUCACUGAGCCUGGCUAGCCUGCACCUGCACACCCCUGACCCCCUUCCAGAGGCCAAGAGACUGACGCCAAAGCUUUGGAUCUGGCAGACCUCAGAGAGAGAGAGAGAGAGAGAGAGAGAUAAGCUUCCCCGACCACUGCCUCCACCAGCCCCUCCUGGGGACACGCCCCCCCGCCCUCGAUCAGCGUUUACAGUGUUGCAGUCUGUGGUACUGACAGCUUUUCUAUGGACAGUCUAAAACCACGCCGGCUGGAGAACUUGUGUGUCUCAUUACUCACUUGGCACCUGUGCGUGUGUGAGUGUAUGUGUGAAGUUGUGACUGUUGACGUGAGAGUGUGUGUAGCCAGUGAUUCCUGCUGAUGAUGUGCCAUAUCUGUCUGUUUAAGUGUCUGUGUUAUGUGAGAAGAAUCUUUUUUCAAAUAAAUGUCAAACAUUUAGGGA